AUGAGAGGAAAGGCUCCGCAAAGUCGAGAUGAGGAUCGUUUGAGGAAAUUGCAUCGACAGUUAGAAGCAGUGGUUAAUGAAGAACCGGAUGAUCAGAGGAGAAGACGUUUACGCCAUAUUUUACCAGCAGUGAAUUGUAUACGUGAGCAGUUGUUGUUCUUGAGACAGUGCUUACAUUCCACCCAAAGUUUGUCAACUGCAGUUUACAUAUCACGUGCGCAUGUCGCGUUGAGCGAUAUCACGAAACAAUCCGAAGAGGAAGAAUUCCGAAAACUUGCAACUAUUAUUGGUACAUUGGAUGCAGUGGCUGAAAAUCUGAUAUUGGAGUUGGAUGCGUUUGGUGUUAAUUGUGGUGUAGAGCAUCGUGAAAUUCGUAAACUUAUUGCGAGCGCUCUAACAAACCUUACGUUUGGUAAUGCGUUAAGUAAACGUCGCCUUUGUGCGUAUCCAAAUUUUAUCGAUUAUGUGAUCAGAGUGGUCGAUGACUCUCAUAAACUUGCCCAGGUUUAUGCAGGUCUGUUGCGUAACUUAUCAUGGAUGGCUGAUGCUGAAAUGAGCGCCACUUUAUCACCGACAGUGGUCGCAUUGAGCCGUGCCUCAUUACGAGCUUAUCGUGCCGGUGAAACGAAAUGUCUUUGCGCCACGCUGUCGGCAUUAUGGAAUCUUGCGUCACAUUCACGCGAUAAUAAGAAAGCAAUUUGUGAACAGAGUGGAUUUAUUGAUAUGAUCAUUGAACUGCUUACCACUGAAGCUCAGCAUACGACACUGGUAGAGCCGGCAUCAGGUGUUCUGAAGUAUGCAUCGAUGUAUUUGGCAGUUGUUGGUGCGAAUCAGUUGUUAUCAACAACAGCUUUGCAUAAAAUGGUUUUACGUUUAGUCGAUCUUUUAAAUAGUCCUUCGUUUACGGUUAUUGGCAAUUCUCUGGGUGUACUUUCACAGCUCUUAGCUAAGGACCAUUCACUUCGGGUACAUCUGAGGUUGAACCACAAAGCUAUGCAAUUAUUGAAUCACCUACGCAAUUCGACACGUGACGAUAUUCGAAAUGUCGUCAAGACAGUUUUGGAAUAUUUGAAUUCAGCUGAUCUAAGCAUCGCGUUUGCCGAUCGUCCCCUACAUCCAUAUACGCAAACUGCCACUGCGACAUCGGGCACAUCAUAUCGUGCUGAUGGAAUGUCAUCAUCAUAUAGCGGUACAGCAACGGAUACGCAAUCGUUUAUGGACACCACAUCAAGACGUCUCAAACUGCGCUCAGCGCAUUCGCAUGCGCCGUCAUCCUUACUAACUGCUGUUGCUACUACUAGCGCCGGUUUGAAUAAUGUCGAAGCUGCUUCACUCUUUACACCUUGCGCAAUUGCGACACAGCAUAGUUUCGCUCCGAGACCUGGCUUAAGGCAACAACAACAGCAGUUUGCCUCACUUCCAAGACACUAUUUCCAACGUACCAGUAACAAGUACGCUACGGAUAUUUGCUCAUCAGACCGAACCGAUACUGCAUCAGACCUUUUCGCGCAGCCUCACCAAUCCGCCAUCACAUCGUCGUUUAUAACUGCUGGUAACAAUUUUGCAUCACCUUUGCGUUUACUGCCAUCUCAUCAAGUGCAAAAAGAAUCGACAUCUUCACAAACUCAAACAACGACCAGCAAUUAUUUGGCAGACGAUCGCAGUGAUGGUCUUCUAGCAGCUGCAAAUGAAGAGUUCGAUUAUUCGGAGUUGGCGCGACUUGAAAUGCGAUCGGAUGAUCCAUCAUUCGAAGUGGAAGAUAGUGUGCGUUGUACGAGAUGCACAAGUGCUCAAUCGCUGAGUUCUUUACUACCUGGUGAUAAGAGCGCAUGGGAGAGUUGUAACAAUUCAGCGAUGAACAGUAAUCGGUUAUCGCCGGCAAGCGCUACAGAUCUUCCCGAUUCUCCCACACAAUGUAUGCCUCUCUCAUCACAUCAUGAUGUUACCAUCCCUUCGGCGUCCGAGCUGAUUGCAGUGUCCGAGAAUAUUGUUGACGAUGCACGAGAAAAGGAACGGUCAACACAAGAUGCUGAUGGUAACAGCACUGACAUUAUUCCACAGACGAAUACGUUAUCGCGAUUGGUUGAUCAAAAACUGAAUAUCACUGAUAGAAACGAUGAUCAGGAUUCAUUUAGUCGCAAUAAAGAAGAAGUCACAAAGCAGUCGAGUUGCACAGGCGAUGAUGGAGAUUACAGGAGUUUUGUGGGACAAACGGAUUCGGAGUUAUUGAAUCAGUCAAUUGAAGCAGCUAUGCCAAAAAGGAUUGAGACGAACGAAGACUUCUUGGCUGAUAUGAUUGAGGAAGUACAACCGAAACCGUCACCACAUAGUCGACGCCAGCUGAACGCAGCUCGUAAUUUUUCAUCUGCUUCAACAGCACGAAUUCAUUCAGCAGCAUCAAGCAUGAAAAGUGCACUUUCACUUUCAUUAACUGCCAUUACAGCUGCUGAUGACGAUGAUUUCUUGUUAGCCAGUAUAGCGAGCGUGCUGCCGCAAAGCUCGUGCUCAUCACGUCAUGAACCAUCCAGCUCGACUCUGGCUCUCGGCUCACCGCCAAAAAAAGUGAGGGCCGUGACGGGCGAAACCGCACGCGCGUCAACUGGCCCUAAUAAGCGAAACCCACCUGCGGUUGCCAUCUCAAAUCCGUCAGCUAGUCGUCAUACCGUGCAAACGUGUUUAUGUGUAAACGCUACGAAUGCUGCUGCAAAUGAUGGCGAAAGUCACAUUUUAUUGUCAAGUGAAAAUGGUAAUAUGAGCUCAUCAGCUGCAUUGUUCAACGCUGCUCUUCAGAGCUCAUCACUCGUCGAAAGUGCUAAGACGUCCGAAAAAGUACGUGACGCAUGCUUACUACGUCAUCAUCUCUCCAAUGAGGGUAGUGAUACUCUGAGUGACGAUAACUAUAGUCGGUUGGAUGAUGAGGAAGAAAUGGAUGUUGACACUAAAGUGCCUGAAGACGUCGUUGAGGAAUUCCAUGCGGAACAAGUGCUCAUAGAUUGUAAUAUUAUCUGUGGUACUACUCACAGUGAAGCACAUCACCAACCUCCGGCUACGAUAAGUGCAUCUCGUAUCGCAACGCCACUAAGAACGAGGAGUUUGCUACGUUAUGCUGAAACGUUGUCGUCUACGAAUGAAACAACAGGUGAAGAUUAUGCAUCACUGGAAAAUGCAGUUAGUCGUUCGAAAGCUACAUCUGUACAGACCUUUGACCGAGCGACAGUCUCAUCUGGAAAUGUUUCUGCCAAAUCUAAGCUAUUAGCCAAAAAACAGACGGUAACUGCUGCUGCUGCAUCCAGCACUCGUUCAGCCAGCAUUACUAAGUAUGGACGUGAUGUUGAAAGGGGAGUUGCUCCAAGUUCUGCAAAACUCAACAAAAGAAACUUGAUUGGCAACUCAUCAGCUACACUUUCAUCUGGCACUGGUACGGUAUCGCGGUCUCUGCUUAAAUGCAAUCAAGCAACUAAGCCUCGUAGCACAAGCAUACCAACUUCAGAAUCACCUACUACUAACGUGUGCAAGUUGGAUAAGUUGUCGUCAAAGCUGAAUAACACGUUUCCACGAGGCGGCGUCAACUUGAGUACACAAAAUGACUUGAAGGAAGAGCAUCAAGAUGAUUCUAAUAGGCAUGAAACUGAAUACCAACUAUCAAAUGCAGUCUCAUCCGAUACGUUAACUACUGCAUCUGGUACACCGCGCUUUUGCACCAACAACUCUGUGCGUGUUUCACCUUUCAACUAUAAAAAUCCGAAGGAGCAAAACGACGAUGAGAAGACAAGUGCUGAGAAGACGAAAAAGAAGAGGAAGAAAACUAUUGAAGCAAACAACGGUAGUAGUGUAACGUUGCAAAGUUUGCAUGAUGAGCUCAAAGAGAAGCAACAAAAAAUAAAGCAAAUGCUCGUUACGACUGUCUGA